UGGUGCUCAGAGUCCGCACCGCACCGCCAUCCCGCACACCGGCCUCCGGGACGCGUCCAACUCCCCGUCCGGGAUGGAGAAAGGCGCCUCCGGUCCGGACCCAUCCCGCCAGCGGAACGGGCUCGUGGGCGUGCUGUACGGGGAGUUUACCGACACGCUCAACGACAGCGUCCGGUACUCGGUGAGCCUGACGGAGAGCGCCCUGACCGUCCAGAGGAUCUCCUCCUCACCCGGCCGGACCAAGGUGGUCUUCAACUUGACGGACUGCGUCGGCUGCCGCGCGCACAGAGGGCCGGACGGCGCGGACGUCGGCGCGUACUUCACCGCCUAUUUCUACCCGCUGAAGAGGCGCUGGAUGAGCGCCGGGCUGACCCGGCAGAGGGUGGAGCAGUGCUUUCGGGUCGCGCCGGUCCAGGACCCGCUCGCCAACCUCCAGGAGGCUGAGAGGUGGGCUCGCGCCAUCAGGGACGCCUCCAUGCUGCAGGCGCCCCGCAGAGACGGUGUGGUGUACUCGGAGGUGCGCAGACCCUGCAGGGUCAUGAUCCUGGUGAACCCUCACAGCGGGCGAGGACAGGCUCUCCAGCUCUUCUCCGGCCACGUUCAGGGCAUGCUCACAGAGGCCUCGGUUCCCUACACGCUCGUCCUCACAGAGCACCAGAACCAUGCGCGGGAGGUGGUGAGGAAGGCCGACCUGUCGAAGUGGGACGCCCUGGUGAUCAUGUCCGGAGACGGGCUGCUGUUCGAGGUGAUAAAUGGCCUGAUGGAGCGAGAGGACUGGCAAGAGGCCAUCCAAACCCCUCUGGGUAUUCUACCAGGUGGCUCCGGUAAUGCCCUGGCUGCCUCCAUCCACCACUACUCACAGUCUCCUCCCGCAUGGAACGAGGAACUGCUGUUGAGCUGCGGCUUCAUGUUGUGCAAAGGUCUGGUCGGCUCGCUGGACCUGGUGUCGAUCCACUUGGCUUCCAGGCAGCGCCUCUUCUCCUUCCUUUCACUGGCCUGGGGCUUUGUGGCAGAUGUGGACAUCGAAAGCGAAAAGUACCGCCACGUCGGCGCUAUCCGCUUCCUCAUGGGCACGCUGGUGCGUCUGGCGACCCUCAAAGUGUAUCAGGGCAGGCUGGCGUACCUUCCUGUGAAGGAGGCGCCGAAACAUCCGAAAGGGAGCGUGAAGGUGAACCACCCGCCCUCCACCCCUCAGCGGCCCUCGCUCUGCUCCUCGCUCCCCUGCCGGCUCAUCCCCGACAUCACUCCCGUCCAAAGCUCCCAUCUGAACCGUCACGGCACCAACUCCAACCGCAACACCAUCACCAACUCCUGCAACAACGCCAUCACCACCAAGAGGCCCGAGACCCAGAGCGACCAUAAAACCAGAGCCCCCGCAGACUCCCUGCUCCCUGGACUGGACCAGCCUGUCCCGGACGGCUGGACGGUGGUGAAGGAGGAGGACUUUGUCUUGGUGCUGGCUAUUUACCAGUCCCACCUGGCGGAGGACUUAUGGACCGUCCCCGGCGCGCUGGCAGACGACGGACUGAUUCACCUCUUCUACGUGACGGCGGGAAUCUCCCGGCCUGCCCUCCUGCGUCUCUUCCUCGCCAUGGAGAAGGGCGCGCAUCUGGCAUGCGGGUGCCCCCACCUGGUGUACGAGAAGGUGAAGGCCCUGCGGCUGGAGCCCAUCACGCCACAAGGCAUGAUCACUGUGGACGGGGAGAUGGUGGAGUACGGGCCCGUCCAGGCUCAGAUUCACCCCGGACUGGCAAGACUCAUAUGUGGGUGACCCGGAGAGAACCCGCUUUUCUUUUUAUGA